AUGACAAAUAGUAUCAGUGACUACCCAUUGUGCAGUAGUCAGUAUCCAGCUGGCAAUGUGGAUGAAUUUCAUCCGUUUGUGGAGGCGUUAUUGCCGUAUGUGAAAGAAUUUAGUUACGUAUGGUUUAAUUUACAAGCUGCAAAGCGAAGAUAUAUGAAAAGAAACGAAAAGCGAAUGACAGUCGAUGAAGAGAAAAGUUGCAAAGAUGCAUUAAUGAGUGAGCGGGUGGAAAUCAAGCAAAAAUGGGCAGGGCGAUUGCUUGGCAAGCUAAGGAAAGAUAUACAGCCUCAUUGUCGAGAGGAUUUUGUCCUUUGUGUCACAGGACAGAGGCCAGCAGUAUGCAUACUAUCAAAUCCCGACCAGAAAGGGAAGAUGCGACGAAUCGACUGCUUGCGACAAGCGGACAAAGUAUGGCGCCUUGAUCUGGUGAUGGUCAUUCUAUUCAAGGGUAUUCCUUUAGAAAGUACGGAUGGUGAACGUUUGGAAAAAUGUUCUGAAUGUGCAUUUCCAAGUUUAUGUGUAAAUCCUUAUCAUAUUAGUAUAGCUGUACGCGAAUUAGAUUUGUUUCUGGCAAAUUUUAUACACACAACAAAUCCGGAUGCUGCUGAGGAGGAAAACGAUGAGAAAGAUCCUGACAAAUUGGCAGUGCAUGAAGGUAUUUGGGGAACUGGUGUGUUUACUGCUUAUGAACUGAAGACUCUAACUAGACCUUCAAUAAUAACACUGGUUGAAGGCGAAGCACGUAUACCGGCAGAAAUCAUUCCACAGAAAGAAGAACCAUAUAACGAUUUGGAUUGGCAGUCACCUGGUAGCCCACCGCCAUCAUCGUCAUCAUCACGACGACACGUUGCUCCUACUUCUGCUUCAACUGUGGUGGCGGAUUAUCGGAUAUCUGAUGGUCAUGAUGUUACUGAGAGCACUGAUACUGGAAUGCGAAGCAGUAGUUUGGGUGGACCAGGUGGAACACCGCAGGUGGGGGCAAUGGUAACAAUUGCCGAUGCACUGGAUACGGAUUUGACGCAUCCGGACUUUGAACAUCCGAAUCUCUUAGCUGAUGAUACUGGCGAACCGUUGGAAAAACGUAGUCGACACGCCUCACGAGAUAGCGUGGGAAGUGUUAACGAAGAGGUACAUCAGUUAAUUGGUGGACGUAUUGUUGGUCAACCAAUAUAUAUCCAGAUAAAACGAAGCGAUGAUGGCACUGCAAGUAAUCGAAGGACUCUUGUUGUACAGGGUGCGGUUGAAGGAACAAGGCUUGUCCAACUGAGACCACCUUUUACGGUUUCAACAUCGAAUGAUGGACAGGAACGUUUGAUCAGGGAUGCAUCAGAAGGUGGAAGUCGAAAUAAUACUGUGAGAAUCGUCUCCCAUCCUCCCGCUGGACAUCAUGGCGAAUUACAUCAGGAAAGACACCAUGCAGCAAGUGAAACUAUUGGGAAUGUUGGAUCAGCUAGUAUAAAUGAAACAUCUUUGAUGCACCGUGAUGCGAAUGGACUACGCCCAAGGACGGAAUCAGCAUGUGAGAGUUUACUUGUACCAACGUCAACGGCUCGGCAAUCAGGUCGCCUUUCUGAGAGCUAUCAAAUACAUCAUCCUAGCCAGCAGAAGAGAGAUUUUACAAACAACACUGUAUCCACAGUAACCUCGCAACGUAUUGGUACCGUAACUGCAUUUACUCGUUUGACUCGCGAUGUCAAAGUACGAGACCCAAGUGAUACUGCGCAAGAUGUAGAACAGGUUGUUAUAUUCAGGAAACGUAAUCAUUCUCCAAGUUCAUCAACUAAUGAACGAUUGCCGGCUGCGACUGCAGAAAUGAGUAAUGUCGCUGUAAGUAAUCGUAAUGUGCAUCAACAACAACAACAUUUGACUACUCAGAAUGGUUUUGGUAUGGCGUUGCGAGAUUCUUCAGGUCUAAAUAUUGUCGAUAUGCAUCAUUCAAGUCCGACAAAGUUCACAACAUCAAAUGGUGAUGUCAUUAGCUUUAGCACCGUAUUGCACAGUAUCGAAAGUCAGAAUUCAGUAAAGCGUAGUAUCAGUUUGGAUAUUUCACCUCCUGACUCUUCCACACAAACGGUGAUUAUAGACGAAAGACGUAUGCUGGAACACGAUGCUGCUAGUGCUGCCGAAGUGGAAGCACGAAUUGCGAAAAAGGUUGCAUUGUUGGAUCAGCCAGUGCGAGAAUUCACGACUAAGCCAGGAAAUCCCCAGUUAUUGGUAACUCCUCGACCUGUUGUGGCACAUCGUCCAUCUUUUAUUUCUAACAUUGGCGAUACGAAUAACAAUGCUGCAGCUGCUGCUGCUCGUGAUGCUAAAAUAAGUCAUAUUGUAUCUCGACAGCAGCAGCUGUUUGAUAAUGCGUGCAACUCAGCUAUGGGUUCACCUGUACCUUUUACUCUGAACAGCCCCCUAACCACUCCACGCAGUACACCGGUGCCUACUGCAAGCUCAACUCUUGGAACUCCAGUCCCUGGUGUGCGUAUACCAUCCAGAGGACCGUUAACCGAUGACGAAUACUCGAGUAUUGUUCAGAAUGUGAUCACUGCUUCUAGCGGUUUAUCCGGUUCAGCUGAUCAAGCAUUGUUGAAAGAAGUUUCGAAUCAGUUUUUGAAUUAUUUCAAUGAAAACAGUCGUUCUCCGCAUAACGGCACAUUUCCGCUUCAGAGUUCCUCAGAUACACGAUCAGAUUCAUCUGCUUCAAACAUAUCAGUACCUGGUGUUAUUUCUCUUUCAACUCCUCCAACAAAUGCCUUAAUCACGUCCCAAACGCCGACGGCUACAUCGCCGAUAGCUGAUUCAACUACUAGCAAUGAACAGUUAUCAAUGCGUGCAUUACCGGAUUCGACUACAAGCGAUUUACGUCAAGCAGGAAAUAGGCCAAGUUCGUCGCCGACCUCUUCAUCUGUUAGCGGUUGCACAUCAUCAGCAUCUAAUUCUCGAAGCUUAAGUAGCCCGUCAGAAUUCAUGAAAAAAUGA